AUGGACACGAAAUUGUCAAUGACAACUGAAGCAGAUGAAAAUUUCGAAACUUAUUCUCUACUUUGGCUCGACGCAGCUGUCAAUGAUUCUAAUCAAAAUCUUCAAGCACAAAAGAAGCUUCGUCAGACAAUCAAUCAUUUGAAAACAUUCGAAGAUGUUCAUCUCUGCAUGAGAUAUAUUCUUUCGUUAAAUGAUCACGAUCGAAUUGUUUUAAUUGUGAAUGGAAAAUUAGGAAAAUUAAUCGUUCCGAAGAUUGUUCAUUUAAGACAAAUUAUCUCCAUUUACGUUUAUUGUUACGACUUGCAAACACAUCAACAAUGGGCCAAACUAUACUCGAAGGUCAAAGGCGUUUUUACAAAACUAAGUGAAUUGAUCAAUCAAUUGAAAAACGAUCAAAUUCAACGACACCAUUCAAAGAUUGAUGAUUCAUUAUUGAUUAACAUAUUUAAUUCAAGUCAAAGUAUCGAGGAACAGUCGACAACUGAUUUAAAUGGACAAUUCCUUCAUUUUCAAUUAUUAGUUGAUUGUUUAAUUCGAAUGACAUCAACACCGAAGGAUCGCGAUGAACUAAUUCAGCUAUGUAGUCAAUUAUAUAAAGACAACAAAUUCGAAUUGAAAAUCCUAAAAGAAUUCGAACGCAGUUACACACCUGAACGAUCAUUAUGGUGGUAUACACGUCAUUCGUUUCUUCAUCGUCUAUUAAAUAAAGCACUUCGUGUUCAAAAUAUUGAUUUACUUUAUUUAUUUCGUUUCUUUAUUC